AUGGUGUCCUCGUUGCGAGCACCUGAACGUUUCUCUUUUAUUGCCAGUGACUUACCGGCCCAGUGGGGCAUAUGGCGUAGACAGUUUGAGUGGUACUUAGUAGCCACGCGAAGUGGCCUCAAUGUGGACGAGAAACAGAUGGUGGGUGUUCUACUCACUUUGCUUGGCAGUGAGGGGUUAAAAAUUUAUGACACGUUUGUGUUUGCGCCUCCUGCUGACGCCAGAAAAGUCGUGCCGGUGUUAGAUCGUUUCACGGCACAUUUUGAACCUCGUCGAAGUGAAGUGUUUGAACGUUUUAAAUUCCUGCGUCGUCAUCAGAUGCCGGGUGAAUCUGUUGAUUCGUGGCUCAUUGAAUUAAGAUCGCUAGUCAAGUCAUCUGAUCCUUUUGUUCGGGAAAAGUUACUUUAUGAGAAAGACCUACUACUUGAAAAGGCAUGUGACAUUGUGCGUGCUUGUGUGUCGUCAAAUGCUCAGCUAACGUUAAUUGGUGCGCCGACAGUGGUUGAUUCGGCUCACGCUCUUCAUGCUAAACAAACCAACGAACAGUCUAAUUCAAAGUCAGAGCUACAAUCGUCACGCAAGGUGUCCCCUGGGUCGUGCCCAGCGGCUAGUCAACGGUCUACGCAGCAGAGUCACGCUGACAAUCAACACUAUUUUUCGUGCCGCCAGUGUGGAAAUCGCCACAAGAAAAAUCAGUGCCGGGCUGUCAAUAUAAGAUGUCACAGCUUUGGCACGUUUGGUCAUUUUCAACGCUAUUGCCCUAAUCGUCCAAAGCAGUCCUCAGGUCCGCACCCGCCUUUGAGUUUCCAGCCUACGGAUGCGGCCAAAGUUCAUGCAGUUGGUGGCGAAUCACGGUGGGUCGGUGAUGUUGAACGAGGUGGCACGGCCAUGUCUUUUCCAAGCCCAGUUGAAGAAAGCUAUUUUGUGUCCCAUGAACUACAGUCCUCUAGCGGUGGAUCUGAGUGGUUCCAGGAACUAUUGGUAGAUGGAGUGACAGUGAAUUUUAAACUUGAUUCGGGUGCCACCUGCAACAUUCUCCCGCAUGAAGCCUUUUCCCGCUUACCCGCUGAACAGCGCCGCAUGCAUCCCGGGCUGACCGUUCGCAGCUAUGGGGCAAAAGAAGGUUUUCUUAAAGUGUUGGGCCUUCACACGUCUAAAGUGGUUCGACAUGGGGCUGUGUACAUUGUUGACUUUGUGGUUGUUGAUGAGCCGGGUCAGCCACCUAUACUUGGACUUCCUUCAUGUGAUGAAAUGAACCUGAUCCGCCGGGUUGAUGCUGUUCAGUCAACAGUCGCUCAGCAGCUACCACCGAUUGCAAACGAGUUCAUGGAUGUCUUCACUGGAUUAGGUAAACUUCCAGUUAAACAUGACAUUCCGUGGCUCACGGGUGCAAGUCGUGUUGAUCUGGUAGUAUCGGCAGCUGGUCGUUUGCCAUUCCACCUGAUGGAUCGUGUGUUUAAAAAGUUAGACGAAAUGGUAGCCGAAGGAAUAAUUACUCUGGUUCAAGAACCUACAGAGUGGGUCAGUCGCAUGAUGGUUGUCGGAAAACUGGAUGGCGACGUCCGCAUUUGCCUGGACCCGUCUGAAUUGAACAAAGCUGUCCAACGGCAACAUUUCUCGGUGCCCACGGUAAAGCAACUGUUCAGCAAGCUGAGUAAGGCCAAAUAUUUCUGCAGCCUAGAUGCUGCUUCUGGUUUUUACCAGAUACCGUUGUCUAAUUCUGCGUCUUAUUUAUGUACGAUGGCAACACCUAAAGGCCGUUACCGCUACCUCCGGCUGCCAUUUGGGUUGAAGUCAGCCCCUGAAAUCUUCCAGCAGACCAUGUGUGAAUUGUUUGGAGACUUGGCUGGAGUGUUCAUCUUUUUUUAUGACUUUCUGGUAACGGGUGAAACUCGAGAGGAGCUCCUCAGUAAUCUCCGCCAGGAACUUCCGUGGCUGGGCCAUAUUAUUGGUCAAGGAACUCUUAAACCAGACCCCAACAAAAUCAAGGCUAUCGUUGACAUGCCAGAUCCUGCUAGUCCUGCUGAACUUUUACGACUUCUCGGUAUGCUAAAGAGUGCAAUUUCGUUUCUACCUGUUUUGCGUCUGUUUGACCGCUCGCUACCUGUCGUCGUCUCCGUUGACGCCUCUCCUGUCGGCAUUGGUGCUGUGCUGCUUCAGAACGGGCAGCCCGUCGCCUACUCUUACACAUCUUUAACCGCAACUCAGAAGCGCUAUUUUCAAAUUGAAAAGGAGCUCCUAGCUGUCCAGUUUGGCCUUAUGCGAUUCCGGCAAUAUGUGUAUGGUCACUCGGUAGUCGUCGAAACGGAUCAUAAACCUCUGGUGGGUUUAGUAGACAAGCCAAUUACCUCUUGUUCUCCGCGAAUCCAGCGAAUGCGUCUCCAGCUACAGCGUUUUGAUUUUGACCUCGUGUACAAGUCAGCCAAAGAAUUGUUCAUUGCUGACACACUCAGCCGGGCACCGUCUCCUAAUCUUUUCCUGGAUGACGUCACGCAAGAUUGUGAGGAGCAAGUGCAUGCUGUUUUGGAUAUUAUUAUCCCUCAAAUCUCUACGAGGGCCAAGUUUGCAUCGGCCACGGCAGCUGAUCCGACGCUCCUGCUUGUCAAAAGUCUACUAGUUCGGGGAUGGCCUGAGCACAAGGCCCAGUGUCCCGUAGCAGCUAAGCCGUUCUGGUCGGUUCGUCACAACCUGUCUGAAGCUGAUGGGUUGCUUCUCAAUGGCAGUCGCCUGGUGGUUCCGGUUUCAUUACGCCAGGAGGUGUUGGCUGACAUUCAUGAUGGUCACUUUGGCGAGGUUAAAUGCAUUCUGCGGACAAAGUCUGCGGUUUACUGGCUUGGAUGCGUUGACCACAUUCGAAGCAUUAGAGCGGGAUGCCAUGCUUGUCAAGAGCAUCGUCAUCGGAAUCCAGCUCCACCUUUACAUCCAGUUCCGUUACCGGUGCAUGCCUUCCAGUACGUGUCGGCUGACAUAUUUUUGUUCCGUGGUGUCAAUUAUCUCCUAGUGGUGGAUGCCUACAGCAAAUGGCCGUCAUGUGUGCCGUUGCGCACCUUGUCGUCCACAUCCACCAUUGCUGAAAUGGAGCGCAUUUUUAGCGACAUUGGCACACCUGAAACCAUCAUGUCGGAUAAUGGAUCACAGUUUGACUGCGCUGAGUUCCGUGCGUUUUGUGCGCGUUGCAAUAUUCGCUCGGUGACCUCUAGCCCGACUUAUCCGCAGUCGAAUGCUCUUGUGGAGCGACACAUCCAAACCGUCAAACAAACGAUAUUGAAAAUGUUCGGUGACGGUUGGUAA